ACUUCCGUCGAAAUGCUGUCUUUUUCGGUCCGCUACUAUUUUAUGGUGGACGUUUACUGCUGUUGCAGAAAUAUAAUUUAGGAAUUUUGGUGUAUAUAAGCACUUAAAAUGAGUUUAGCCAACGCUAGACCUUUGGUAUCCGUUUACACGGAAAAAAAUGAGCAAGUGAAAGAAAAAAACAUUUGCCUUCCAUCUGUAUUCAAGGCUCCAAUUCGCCCAGAUGUUGUAAAUGAAAUUCACCAAUUGAUGCGUCGUAAUAAGCGCCAGGCAUAUGCCGUUAGCGAGCAAGCAGGUCAUCAAACUUCUGCUGAAUCUUGGGGUACUGGUCGUGCUGUUGCCCGUAUUCCUCGUGUGCGUGGUGGUGGUACUCACCGUUCCGGUCAGGGUGCUUUUGGUAAUAUGUGUCGUGGUGGUCGUAUGUUUGCACCUACUAAAACUUUCCGUCGUUGGCACCGUAAAAUCAACGUUAACCAACGUCGUUAUGCUUUGGUAUCUGCUAUAGCUGCUUCUGGUGUUCCAGCUCUUGUACAAUCUAAAGGUCACAUCAUUGAUGGUGUAUCUGAAUUUCCAUUGGUUGUAUCAGAUAAUGUACAAAAACUGCAAAAAACCAAACAAGCUGUUGAAUUCCUCAGACGUUUGAGAAUCUGGGCUGAUAUUCAAAAAGUUUACAAGUCUCAACGUUUCCGUGCAGGCCGUGGUACAAUGCGUGAUCGUCGUCGUAUUGCUCGUCGUGGACCUUUGGUUGUAUAUUACAAGGAUGAAGGUCUUCGUCGUGCCUUCCGCAAUAUCCCUGGUAUUGAAACCAUGAACGUGGAUAAAAUGAAUUUAUUGAAAUUGGCACCUGGUGGUCAUGUUGGUCGUUUUGUUAUCUGGACUGAAUCUGCUUUUGCUCGCUUGAACGAACUUUUCGGUUCAUGGAAGAAACCAUCGACUCUGAAAAAGGGUUACAACUUACCACAACCGAAGAUGGCAAAUACUGAUUUGACUCGUUUGCUUAAAUCUGAAGAAAUCAGAAAAGUUUUACGUGAUCCACGUAAGACAGUUUUCCGUCGUGUACGUCGUCUUAAUCCAUUAUCUAACGUACGUCAGCUUAUUAAAUUGAAUCCUUAUGCUGAGGUCCUAAGACGUCGUGCUGCUCUGGCUGCAGAAAAGCGAACAAUUACUAAAAUUGUUAACAAUGCUAAAAAAAGGAACGUUGAAUUGGCAAAAUCACAUUUCGCUAGCGUUGCCACCAAAGCAGCAGCCAAUCGCACUAAAUUGAUUCAAAAGGCAUUAGUUGAACGCAAAAAGAAGGCAGCAGCUACUAAGAAGGCUGCACCAGCAAAAAAGUAAACUGAUCUUUACUUAAUUAAAGUUAUUGCUUUCUUCUUUUUUAUACAUAUAACAUGUAUGAAUUUUAUUCAUAAUACACUAUAAAAUAACUAAAA